AGACUAGGCAGCUUGGAAGCAGUAGGCCCGGAGCUGGCAGGGUCCAUGGCGGAGGCAGAGGACCAAGGCCAGGGCAGGGGGGCACCGCGGGAAGCCACCAGCCCAGCUCCAGGUCGCAAUCUGAAGGAGUGGUUGAAGGAGCAAUUCUGUGACCAACCCCUUGAACACUGUGAUGACACCCGGUUGCAUGAUGCUGCUUACGUGGGGGACUUGCAGACUAUCAGAAGCCUCUUGCAGGAAGAGAACUUCCAAAGCCGCAUCAAUGAGAAGUCUGUGUGGUGUUGUGGUUGGCUGCCUUGUACACCACUGCGGAUUGCUGCCACAGCAGGGCAUGGAAACUGCGUGGAAUUCCUGAUUCGGAAAGGGGCAGAGAUCGACCUGGUGGAUGUGAAAGGACAAACUGCUCUCUAUGUUGCUGUGGUGAACGGGCAUCUGGAAUGUGCUCGGAUCCUUUUGGAAGCUGGUGCUGAUCCCAAUGGGAGUCGUCACCAUCGCAGCACCCCAGUAUAUCAUGCUGCCCGUGUGGGCAGAGCUGACAUCCUGAAAGAAUUAAUCAGGUAUGGCGCUGAUGUGGAUGUCAAUCAUCACUUGGCCUCUGGGACCCCUAGUCCAUCUUCUCGACCACUUACAUCCUUGGUGGUGUGCCCUCUGUAUAUUAGUGCAGCCUAUCACAACCUGCCCUGCUUCAGGCUGCUUCUGCAAGCAGGAGCAAAUCCAGAUUUUAACUCUUACGGCCCUGUAAACAUUCAAGGCUUCUCCAGGGGCUCUGCAGUGUGUGUGAUGGAUGCUGUCUUGCGACAUGGCUGUGAUGUGGCCUUUGUCAGCCUCUUGAUUGACUUUGGUGCCAACCUGAACCUGGUGAAAUGGGAAACACUGGGUGAAGGAGCUGCAGGAAGGAUAAAAAUAAACCCAGAAGCCAUGCAGGUGUUCAAAGAAGCCAGGAGCUGCCCCAGAAGUUUGUUGUCUUUGUGCCGUAUAGCAGUAAGGAGGAUACUUGGGAAAUACCGCCUGCACCUGAUGCGUACGCUUCCAGUACCAGAUCCCAUCACAAAAUUUUUAUUUCAUGAACAAUAGUAAGAUCUGGUUGGACGUUCUGGAGGACUUUCCCUUCCUUCCUUUCUCCCCUUCUUUUUUUAAAUGAGUGAUCUGAAAAUAGCAGUGCUUCCCAUUGCUGUACAGUAAUAUAUUGUUUGGUUAAUGCCAUAAAGUUGCUUAUCAGGAUAGGACUGCCUUAGUGGUGAAUCUGAUUUGAUUUAAUAUAUUAUUUGUUAUUGGAAAGAAGAUAGACUAUUGGCCCUAUAAUUUAGCAAGAGGGUAUCUAUUCAUUUAUUAUAUUUCUUUGUUUAUGUUUGCUUAUUUAUUUAUUUAUUUAUUUAUUUUGCAUGCUGCUUCUCACAAAUUAGUUUCUAUCUUUGUUUCAGUUUAUACCACAAGAUUGAUUACCUGGUAUUAUGCAACAGAAAGUAUUUUUUGUCCUCUGUAGGAUUACAGUUAAAUACCACCCAUUUUUCAUAUUUUGGUUCUAGUUUGGUUCCAAGAUUUCUUCAUAGCUUGUCACACAGUCAGCCCAGAAUCUCCCCCUCUCCCCCAUCUUCCAUCUCUUCUUUUCUUUUCAAUGCAACUUAUUAAAAAAACCAAACUUAGGGCCUAAAGAGACGGCUAUAUAGGGGCGGCUUGUCUCCACCUCUUUGAGCACCAGAUCAGGGCCGUGGCAACCUCACGCUGCAAUCCCAAUCCGGCUUUUUUCCAGCACAAAAAGAAGUGGCAAACUGCUGCUCCUUUUUGUGCUGGAAAAAAGGCAGCAUUUCCUCCACUGCUGUGGUUUUUCUGACCUCCCGUGUCAUGCAGUGUAUGAACACCUUACUGUCAGAGAGCAGCAACGCUGCUAUCUAAAUGUCAUGCCCCACCCAGCACCCCCAAGCCGGUGCUUCACCCCUUAUUAUUUUUAAAAAUGCCCCAAUUCAAACCUCAACCUGAAUUUCAGUGAGAAAUUUGCUUUGGAUAAAGCAAUUUUCAUAAUUUCAGGGAUUUACCUGUGGGGAUGGGACAGAGCAAAAUGAGGUCCCUAUUAAGAAUUCUGGCCCCCAUGAAAUUUUCCUUCAGUCCUCAAAUUUCUAGCAUUCCAGAUUGACACUAUGAAUAUCAUUUACAUCUAGAACAAUUAUAUUUUCUGUGUUUGCAUUCCUUUGGUCACUUUACCUGCCCCUUUCUUUGGAUACCUAAACUGUGCUUCUUGCUUUUCCACUGAAGUUUUAAAUUAUUGCAGUGUUAGAAAUUUGGGGACUGAAAUUGCAUGGGACAGCAGAAUUAGUAAUGGGAGCAAUGCACUCACUUUGUGCUCAAACCCCCCCCCCCCAAUAACUACAUGCCUGCAUAGCUUGAAAUUAUAUUGGUAGAGCUGCUGGUCUGCACACAGAACUAUGGGGUUGUACAGAUUAGCCCCAAAGGGGAGGUCUGCAGCCACCCCUUUCUGCGCUGGAUUGGUGCCGGGCAGCCUCACCGGCAGCCCUGUGGCCCCAUCUGGCGUUUU